AUCUAUUAAUAACAGAACCAAGUCUAACUCUGAAAAAUCAAGCAUUUUGUCACAUUCCUGUAUGUUCUCAAAGGAGAUAGUAAACAUAAACCCCAAACCAUGCUCGUGUUCUGAAUGUGGAAAAUGUUUUAUCACUAAAGCAGUGCUUGUCCGUCAUCAGAGAACUCACACAGGAGAGAAACCGUUCUCAUGUUCUGCAUGUGGAAAUUGUUUUGGCAAACAUUCAAAUCUUCUUAUACAUCAGAGAACUCACACAGGAGAGAAACCGUUCUCAUGUUCUGAAUGUGGAAAAUGUUUUGGGCAACCUUCAAAUCUUCUUAGACAUCAGAGAACACACACAGGAGAGAAACCAUUCUCAUGUUCAGAAUGUGAGAAAUGUUUUGCCCAGAAAGAAGUACUUGACCUUCAUCAGAGAACUCACACAGGAGAGAAACCAUUCUCAUGUUCUGAAUGUGAGAAAUUUUUUGCCGGGAAAAGAGAACUUGUCCGUCAUCAGAGAAUUCACACAGGAGAGAAACCAUUCUCAUGUUCUGAAUGUGGAAAAUGUUUUGUUCGUAAACCAGAGCUUGUCAGUCAUCAGAGAACUCACACAGGAGAGAAACCGUUUUCAUGUUCUGAAUGUGAAAAAUGUUUUCGGCAACAUUCAAAUCUUGUCCGUCAUCAGAGAAUUCACACAGGAGAGAAACCGUUCUCAUGUUCUGAAUGUGAAAAAUGUUUUGGGCGACAUUCAAAUCUUGUCAGUCAUCAAAGAACACACACACGAGAAAAAACAUUCUCAUGUUCUGAAUGUGGAAAAUGUUUUGUCGAAAAGGCACAGCUGGUCCGUCAUCAGAGAAAACAUACAGGAGAGAAACCAUUCUCAUGUUCUGAAUGUGGAAAAUGUUUUGUCGAAAAGGCACAGCUGGUCCGUCAUCAGAGAAGUCACACAGGAGAGAAACCAUUCUCAUGUUCUGAAUGUGAAAAAUGUUUUGGGACAAACGCAAAUCUUGUCUGUCAUCAGAGAACACACACAGGAGAGAAACCGUUUACAUGUUCUGAAUGUAAAAAAUGUUUUGGGACAAAUGCAAAUCUUGUCUGUCAUCAGAGAACACACACAGGAGAGAAACCAUUCUCAUGUUCUGAAUGUGGAAAAGGUUUUAACACAAAUGCAGAGCUUGUCCGUCAUCAGAGAAUUCACACAGGAGAGAAACCGUUCACAUGUUCUGAAUGUGGAAAAUGUUUUGGGCAACUUUCAACUCUUCUUAGACAUCAGAGAACACACACAGGAGAGAAACCAUUCUCAUGUUCUGAAUGUGAAAAAUGUUUUGGGACAAACGCAAAUCUUGUCUGUCAUCAGAGAACACACACACAGUAG